UUAUGGAGGAGCUGCUUCCAAGGUCCUCUGAGAAUGUUUGCAAUGGCACAUGUACCAACAGGAAUGCUCAUCCUCCCCUGGAGGACUAAUGACCCUGCAGUGGCUGCAGCACAAACUUGUACAAAACCAGCACUCUCCCUUUUGCUUUUGCAAAGUGUGACUGAAUAGAAGUUGUUAAUUUGCUGAGCUAAUUUCUGGAGUUUCUUCCCUACUUCCCACAGUCAGGACCUGGCUUUCCUUCUGCAGCACUGGCACAUGGCAAUUUCUGUGGUUUAAGCCUGGCUGGUUUGUGUUUGCUAGAGUUGAAUAGACAGAGUAGUGAUUAAGCUCUCCAAAUAAUCCACCUCCAGUUAAUAAAAUGUUGUUGGAAUUUGGAAAACUCUGAAAGAGCUGAGGAACACUGGUUCUGUGGUUCAUUUUUUGGAAAUAAUUUGUGUAACCCGGCCACUGUAUUCAGGCAGAUGUCGGUGAUGGUUUGCCAAAAGCAAGCCUGAUUUGUGACUGCAAGGUUGCCUGAGCUGGAGGGGCUCUUGGGCUGGCAAGUUGAGAGGAUAUCAUGUGAUCCCUGGAAUCAAAGGAACACAGGCAGCCAGAGGAAAGCUACAGCUGUUCCUGCAGCUUGCAAGCCAAAAAUGACACAUACUGUAGAGCAAAAUAUCAAGGCCAAAUUCACUGGUGGGGGGUAAAGCUACUCUUGGAAGAUUUAUGAACAGAAAAGCUAAAGGUAAUUGAAAUAUCUGUUUCUUAAAUCCUAGAUGAUGUACCUCUCUAAGUAAAUUAAGGGAGGGGGUGUACUAGCCAGCAGCAGUGUUUUGCAUCACAUGCCAGUGGGAUGUUGGUGAAACAAUAAUAGAUCCAUUGCUUAGUGAUUGUGAGAAUAACACAUUGUUCUCAGUGUUUGAUGGUCCAUCAAAAUGGCAUUUUAGUCUUUUCUAAACUCCUUUUCUCAUAAAUGGCUUUUGUCCGUUCAGCUCCUUACCAGGCUGGAAGUCUUGGAACCCCAGGGAGGAGGAGAUGGAGCAUUAGAGUAAAUAAAGCUGCUUUUGGUAACUGUCCUGUGCUAUGUAAGUGUGCAGUAUUUACAUGUAGACCUCUUCCCUGACUGUCUGAGUGUCCUUAGGUAAUGCCUUGUGUUGCUGACUUAACCACUUCCCAGUUGACCCUUAGCCCAAGUACAAUAUUUGCUCUUGGAGGGGGAUUAAUUCUUGAAAUCCUGGAUGGACGCAACUAGAGAUGAGCUUUCAAAUCCCCUACAAAUUGUCUUCCUUGUUUGUGAAGAGGUCAGUGAUUCCCUCUGGUAGAGGCAAAGAAGAACAGGACACGACUGCCUGGAAAAGUCAUCUUUCCUUAGGAGUUUAGGAGUCCCCAUCGUUGUCUGUGGAAGCUCCUGUGUCAUUGGGAAGACAGCAAGGUAUUUAAUGUUAUUUGCUUGUUUGUUUAUUUGAGUGCAGCAUGAGUAGCACAUCUAGUCAGCAACAUAGACUGGUCUGGACAUGGAAAACCUACUUCAUAAAAUAGAAAUUCUUAAAUGUGUACAGCCUGUUUAUAACCUCUGCCGUACAUUUUUUUCAGCUUUCCAAGAAGCAAACUAUUUCCUUUUUUUUAUGGUUUGUUGUCUGCAAAUAGGCCCUAGAAACUGUUUCAUUCUUGAAGCAGUUUUAAAAUGGGAAAGCAAGCAGGGAAAUAGAAAGGCAGCAAAUGGUGAGGACAGUCCUACACCAGCAGGCCGGGGGUGUGUCUGACAGUGUCUAACCCCUCACUCCGGAGUGAUGGGGAGAAGUGUAAGGACAGGGCAGUGCAGCAUCGUCCUUUCCUGGUGCUGCUCCUCAGCUUCAGCAUCCUACAGGGGUAAGGUUGCACCUGAAUCACCCUGUCCAACGGCUGCCAAAAGCCUGUUCCCUGUGAAUGUGUCUAGUCCUAUGAUCCAACUCAUAUUGGUGAUUUCCAGAGCCUUCUUGAAUCUUCUGUUAACUGGGGAAGAGCUCCACCUUCUUUUGAAUUUGCUGUCUGAUCAUUAACUGGAUGCUAUUUUAUGACAUAACAAAAUGAAAAACUAAUCUCUCUGUUUUGUACCACUUAGGUUUUCUGGACUUCUCACUCUGGAUAUCUCUUGUGCCCUUGUGGUCUCCCCUUUCUCUUCUGUUUUUUCCCUUCCCCCCUGCCUUUUUUUCUCCUCCUGAAGAAUUUUAUUCCAUCUGUUGUUGUCCUUUGGGUGCAAGCUGUUCCCUACCCCUGAUUAUAACUGUUACCUGUCUGGGCAGGUAGCUGGACUGUUCUAUUCUUGAAGUCCAUUCUGGUUUGAGUUCAGUGAUACCCUGCAUGUGCAUUGGGUUGAGAAAAAUGCAGUAGGGCAGAUGUGUUCUCAUUUUGGGUUCAGUCUGACUCCUUAUCAACACAAACCACCUUUGUAGCUCCUAGACUGAGCCUUAGCCAACAUUUGGGUAUGUGUGGAGCUCUGAAAUGGCAAACUAUACGUAGGAGUACAGUGCUUUACCCACCAAGUAUGAUUCUGCUUUUGUCUCAUCCACCUGUUUUCCCCAGGCAUCUUUCCCAGGACAUUUUGGGGCAGAAAACCUUCAUUCACCCACAGCCACAUCCCCAUCUUUAACUGUCAGCUGCCCUGAGGCUCAAAAGCCAGGGAUGGAUGGGAAGAAUGCUGGCUCUCCACAAAAACAAGUUAUCUUCAGAAAAAGCACCCGUGACAAAGCUCUGACAAUCUACCUGGGAAAGCAGGACUUCAUUGACAACGUUGGGAACGUGGAACCUGUGGAUGGCGUUGUAUUGGUGGAUCCUGCUCUUAUCAAGGGGAAAAAAGUGUACGUGUCCCUCACCUGUGCUUUCCGGUACGGCCAGGAGGACAUCGAUGUGAUGGGCCUCACCUUCCGACGGGACCUGUUCUUCUCCAGGCUCCAGGUGUUCCCUCCUGCUGACAAGCCAGAGCCUCUUACUCACUUGCAGGAAUCUCUGCUAAAGAAGCUGGGGAAAAAUGCUUAUCCCUUUUUCUUUACAUUUCCAGAUUACCUGCCUUGCUCAGUCUGUCUGCAGCCUGCACCUCGUGAUGCUGAUAAGACCUGUGGGGUGGACUUUGAGGUAAAAGCUUUCUCAACAGAGAAUGUGGAAGAGAGAAUUCAUAAGAGGAACUCUGCUCGUCUGCUGAUCCGCAAGGUGCAGUACGCUUCAGAGGAGCCGGGACCCCAGCCCUGUGCAGAGACCACCUGGCAGUUCUUCAUGUCCAGCAAGCCCCUCCAGCUGAAAGCUUCCCUCAGCAAAGAGGUGUACUACCAUGGCGAGCCCAUUCCAGUCACUGUCACCAUCAACAACAGCACGGAGAAAACAGUGAAGAAGAUCAAAGUCCAGGUGGAGCAGGUUGCCAAUGUGGUGCUGUACUCCAGUGACUACUAUACCAAAGUGGUGGCUGCUGAGGAAGCACAGGAGAAGGUGCAGCCCAACAGCAGCCUGACCAAGACACUGACACUUUUGCCCUUGCUUGCAAAUAACCGGGAGACGCGGGAAAUAGCUCUGGAUGGAAAACUAAAGGAUGAGGACACCAACUUGGCUUCUAGCACUAUCAUUAAGGAUGGAAUAGACAAGACAGUGAUGGGGAUCCUGGUUUCCUACAAGGUCAAAGUGAAGCUCACUGUUCCAGGUAUGCUGGGAGACCUCACCUCCAGUGAAGUGGGCACAGAGCUGCCGUUCCGCCUCAUGCACCCCAAACCUGAGGAAAGGAGCCCAGCAGGGAAGGAUGGUGAAGCAGAGCUGGUAUUUGAGGAGUUUGCUCGUCAGCAGCUAAAAAAUACACCUGAUGAAGAGGACAAGAAUUCACCCUCAACUGAUGAGUGACUAAGAGAACAAGCUGCCAGAGGAGCUGCGUAGUCAGACUUCAAUUAGGAAUUUAGGAGCUGAGUUUCUAGUAAACUGCAUGUUUUCAAUGCACACGUGGUCAUGCAGGGAUCAGCCCUGAGAUCAGUGGACACAACAUCAUGGAUCUCUACUGCUUAUUACAAGCUUCACCUCUGGGAGAAUGUGGCAAACACAGGCCCUGGUGCUUACUCAAGCUACCAGAGGAGGACAGGAAGGCUGCCAUGUCAUGACUUCUGCUUUCAGGGCUGCCUAAUAAAAAGGUUGGUUGCUUUCAGCACUGGUGAGAGUUAAAUGAGGGUUUGUGCAGCCUGCCUGGACUUCCUCGGUGUCAGAAUCUGUGACUUUGCAGUGCCAGUGACCCAAAUCCCAGCCUGGAAGGCUGGCUUGCAGCCCUGAGUGAUUCACUGAAGUUUCUCAGCAGACUACACAAAACUGAUUUUAUUUCCUUUUGGUUGCUUUUGUGUUUAUGCUUUACCACAUUCAUCCAGUGCAUGAUUUCAGUGCUUGGACUGUCCCCGUGUGGAUAACAACCCCUUUCUGUACCAUUAAAUGUCCUGCAAGUCAUCUCCCUCAGCAGAUAUAAAGCUGAUACACAGUAUUUGCUUUCUAGCAUUAUGCUGUACAACCACAUUGUUAAAGAUGGGAUAAUGUGCACUGUCCAGGAAUUCCUUAACAAAGCUCCCUGUAUGCAACCCCAAAGAGAGAACUGCCAGUCCAGGCUGAUCCUGUAUUUAAUAGAGUUUCCUGCAGGCAACACUGCUUCAAAAGAGGGUGCAGGAAAAUUAAGGAGGAAAUUAUGAGGCAGCCUUCCCUGAGGAGCCUUUUCCAAAAUGCAUCUGCCAGAGGUUGGUUUAUGCUCUAAGAAAUGAGACUGUAUUCUGCAAACUGUUGUUCUCUGUUGUUGAUCUGGAUAUUCACAUUAUUUAUGUAAAUGUCUGAUCCCUUCCUGAAUCUCACUUAGGUUUUAGCUGAAGUGAGUUGCAUCAGCUAAUUACAUUUUGCAUGUAAAACAA